AGUAAUUCUAGCAAUAUAUAGUAAGGACGCGUGCCGACUGUGACCAAGGCCAUUUGCUUGUCAACCGUCCACAUACUUCAUUUCAUUUUCAGGUUUAGUUUCCCCAUCCUUCAUUUCCACGUGGACGGUGCAGCACACCCUUGUCACGUAUUUAAGUAUCGACACCGGGGAAACAACUUUAGCAGUGCAUUUAAAAACUCUGCGUGAAAGUAAACAGAAAAUGAGUGAAAAGCAUCUUGCGCGAAAAAAAAAAAAUGAACGCCGCAAGUGUUGCGGCGUUGUGAUGGUGCGAUAGUGCGCGAAUACGACGGUGACCGUCGCGACGGCACUAUGGUCCGCCCUGUUGCGUAAAGGCGCUCUUGUCUCGCGCGUACACCCGAAGACACCAGCAGAUGGACGCGCCGCGGGGCGGCAGCGUUUCCACGGGGUGCGUCCCACCCGCGUCGCGUGCGAGCUGGCACAUCGCUUAGCGUGGACACCGUCGACGGCCUCCCUAAAGUGCGCGGCUGGGCGAGUGCGCGGCGUGAGAGACCCCCUGCGGAGCGCACGUUCGUCAAGCGCCGGCGACCCGGGGCCCGCGCUCGGCGAAGACGCGCACGCGAGGUUCAUUAGCCGCCACCGCCGCGCACUCGCACACACAGUCGCACCUGCCGGCCAGAAGGGAGCCCGCCACCCAUGUCUUCUCUUGGCAGCGCUUGGCCGGUGUUUCUCGAGCGCCCGGCAAAGGGCGAAUAAAAAAAAAAAGGAAAACAGAAAGAAAGAGACAGAAAAGGCAGCGAGAGAAGCGGUCGCUCGUACCUGGCCGAGAGCAUAAAUAAAGGCGUACAGCGAGUCUCCGUAAUGAAGACAUCGUCUGAGAGCCCCCACGCUCUCUCUCGGCGCGCCGGAGAGAAAGCCGGUGGUCGUAUAAUCACCAGGGUGACCCAGCGAGGGGGAAGGGAGGAAGAAGCGGGCAACAAGAGAGCCCAGAGGGGGUGCGCGCUCUGUGGGAGGUCGCGUGCUGCGGCCCCCCUCGGGACCCCCCCGGCGCCCUCUUCCUCCGGGGGGUCCCGCCUCCCCGUGGGUAGCCCCGCUCGCCCGCUCUCCGCGCGAGUCGACCGCCGCUGGCCGACACACUCGCAUCGCGCGCGCCGCUCUGUCCGGGACUUGGUGCGGGAUGUGCCGAGAGAUGGCCGCCUCGGACCCCGGCUCCGACGUGGACGUCGACGGCACCGAGGAGCUCGACGUCGGCUCCGAAUCGCAGCCGCAGGAAGUGCUGGCCGCCGCGACGGCUCGACUCGGGGCAGCCCCGGGCGGCGGCGCAGGCACGCCCUCGUCGUGGCGCUCUUCGUCCGGCAGCCCCGAGGACGAGCUGACGUCGGCGUCACUGUCGCCCCCUCCCUCGCUGCUGGCCGGCGGCCCGGCGUCGGCCUCCUGCUCCGACUCCGAGCUGUCCUUCACCAUCGGCGUCACAGAGGCGACGCCCUACGCCUGCCACUUCUGCGACAAGGCCUUCCCCAGGCUCAGCUACCUCAAGCGACACGAACAGGUGCACAGUGACCGGAUGCCGUUUCGGUGCGACUUCUGCCAGCGGCUGUUCAAGCACAAACGCAGUCGCGACCGGCACGUGAAGCUGCACACGGGAGACCGCAAGUACCGGUGCUCGCAGUGCGAGGCGGCCUUCUCGCGCUCCGAUCACCUCAAGAUCCACAUGAAGACUCACGACCACGCCAAGCCCUUCCAGUGCGCCAUGUGCAACCGCGGCUACAACACCGCGGCGGCCCUCACCUCGCACAUGCAGAAUCACCGCAAGAGCGCCGCCGCCGUCAAUGGCCUCGAGCCGUCGGCCGCGCUCUCCCGGCCCGGCUCGAGCCUGGCGUCGGCUAACGGAGCGGCGACGCUCGCUGCAGUCGGCAACCCCGCCGACAAUGGAUCGACGUCCAUGUCGCGGGAGGACAGCUCCUCGUGCUCAACUGACAAGCUGAGCCUAACCGGUGGCAGCCCUGGUCCGGGCAGCGUUGAAGUCCAAGCAAACGGAUGCAAAUCGAUGUCCGAGCGGGCCGGCAGCACGAGUCCCCGCGACGGAGGGGAGCCGCUGGCGUGCGGCUUUUGCAGCCGGCGCGACUUCAGCAGCCUGGAGGCGCUGCAGGCGCACGUGCGCGCCUCCCACGUUCCCUUCUCGGCGGCCUCGCUGGUGGGGCCGUCGCACCAACUGCGGCCGGAGCCCAGCGGCCGCUCGGUGUCCCGCCAGUCGCCGCCGGCCGCCACCACGGCCUCGUCUGUGGUGGACGCGUCGUACGAGUGCGAGUACUGCGGCAUGAAGCUACCCAGCGUCCACGCCCUGCAGACUCACACGCUGGCUGCUCACAGCUUCAGCGAGGUGCUGAGCAAGCGCAUGUCGGCCAUGAUGGGGGCCGACUCCGGCGGCGGACCUUUGCUGUGCAGCCAGUGCGGCGCCGCGUCGCCAGACUUCGAGUCGUUCCGGGCGCACCUGGCGUCGCACCUAGAAGGACGCAUGUCACGCUGCUGCCCCGAGUGCCGCGCCGAGUUCCCGUCCUCGCAGCAACUCGAGGCGCACGUUGCCGCGCACUUCCUGGCCACGUCGGUCGAGUACGGCUGCCAGGCGUGCCUAAAGCUCUUCGCGCGGCCUGACGAGCUACAGAAGCACCUGCUUGACGUUCAUGCCCACCACCUUUACCGCUGUGCGCUCUGCCGGGACGUGUUCGACUCCAAAGUUGGAGUCCAGGUUCACUUCGCCGUCAAGCACAGCAACGAGUGCCAAGUAUUCAAGUGUAGCGCUUGCAACGCCGCCUACCGGUCUGAGCCAGAGUUCGCUCUUCACGUUCAAGUCACGCACUUAGCGAAGGCUGCGCCCUACCGGUGCCUGUUGUGUGACCAGACAUUUGCUAGCGAGCCCCUGCUCCAAAGCCACCUGGACACGCACGGCAAACAAUUCGCGUGUGCCCUGUGCAGUCAAGCCUUUCACGUAGAAUUCCUGCUCGAGAAACACAUGCAGGCUUGUCACGCGGCCGACCUCACCUUGCACCCGGACGGUGUGCAGAACCUGAGCGUCAAGUCGAGGAUCAAGGACAUCAAGUGCGAAAUCUGCGACCAGGCGUUUGGAGCGGACGCCCUGCUCGCGGCGCACCGCAAGCAAGUGCACAACGUACGCUCUUCGUCGCAGAAGUCGGUGAGCCUGCUGUGCGCGUAUUGCAACGAACCAUGCAAGUCCCGCUCGGACCUAGAGAACCACAUGAAGAGUCACACGGCAAGCCCCAGUAAGCACAAGUGCAACAUCUGCGACGAGAUGUGCCCCUCGGCCACCACGCUGGCCGAGCACAAGCUGACGCACUGCAAGGUCGUCAAGGGCUCCAUGUGUGCCGGCUGCCGCGAGGUCCUUCGAUCCGAGGACCAGUUCUUGACGCACGUCAACUCUCACGGUGGAGGUCCCGCCUUGCCGCUACCCUGCGUGGUGUGCCGCCAGACGCUCAUGUCUCAGGUGGAACUGCGCAUGCACGCGCGCUUUCACGUGGCGCACUGCGACAAGGGCUCGCUAUGUUGCGUCUGCGAGCGACCCCUGGACGCGGCCAGCCGCAUCAUCACCGGCCGCCAGCAGGAGCGCCAGUCGUUCAUGUGCAAGGACUGCUUCCACGCCAAGGGCGUCCAGGACCAGGGCCGCUGCCCCGAGUGCCGCAUCAAGUUCGAGUCGCCACUCGAGCUCGAACAGCACGUGCGCAGCAGCCACGGCGGCUGAGUAGUCCCUCGACGGUGUGCACCGUGCGCGACACCAGUGCACCUCGCAAACUCGAAACAAUCAAACGCGCCCGCGGUCUUUCUGUUAACUUAUUUCUCUUCCGUGGCGCGCCUCCCGUGUUCUCCCAGUCCUGACUCGAGGCAAAUCGCAACACGUCUAUUCAGAAGUUAUACCUCCUAAUAUAUCUGAUCAUCUUGUCAAAAAAGAAAAAAAAGGGGGCGUGUGUGGUCUUCAGGCUGUUCUUACCCGAGUGCUUCUCCGGUGAAGAAUUUCACCCAACCGUGUAAAUACAAGUAAUUCAUAUUCAUCGCCACGUUUUUGUUCUAUGUAUUGACAUCAUAAAGCAGGGUAUGAAACUGCAUACAUUUUAAGCUGCGGUUGUUUUAUGCCUUGGUAUAAUACUCCUCUUGAAGCACCUUUGUGACAGUGAAUACACCACAGCCAAAUAUGAAUAGUUUACUCUUCCCAGUGUUCAAUCAUCAGUGUUUGUGUUUUCAGAAGCAUCCUUAUGUUUCUUUACACAACUAUAUGAUAUCAAUUAGUUUUUUUACGUUUUGCCUGUGUGGUUUACAAGGUUCACGAGGCAAAUAAAGUUCGUAUUUUUAAGGGAAAA